AUGGGGAAGAGGGCGAGAACAAGCCUCGACACGGCGGUUGUCGAUGUUUGGAAACGAGAAGUCGGCGAGCUCUCUACCAGAAACUUCGCUCACCGUCUCGGCGCCUCCGAGGACCUUGUUCUCCGACUCGAUCUCUUUAGGAAACUGGAAAACCACAGAGGUUGUGUGAACACAGUUAGCUUCAACGCAGAUGGCGACAUUCUUGUGUCAGGCUCUGAUGUUAGGAGGGUAUUAUUCUGGGAUUGGGAAGCUGGGCAGGUUAAACUCUCAUUCCACUCAGGUCAUAAUCACAAUGUUUUGCAUGCAAAAAUCAUGCCCUACACAGAGGAUCGAAGCAUUGUUACUUGUGCUGCUGAUGGGCAGGUGAGACAUGCUGAAGUUCUAGAAAAUGGCCAAGUGGAGACUAAAUUGCUGGCGAAACAUCAAGGGCGGGCCAUUAAAUUGGCCAUUGAACCUGGCAGUUCUCAUAUAUUUUAUACUUGCGGUGAAGAUGGAUUGGUUCAGCAUGUGAGUUUACCUUGUUGA